AUGAAAGCCACGGGGAAUUUUGGCCCUGCGCCUCCGGGCAUUGACCUGGCCGAGAACCAGGAAUCCCAGAUGCUGGGUGCAGUCAUUACGAUGAUGAUUAUUGGAAGCCUGGCGGUUCUAUUGCGCGUAUAUACACGUGCAAGGACAACUCAGACGCAUUUCGGUGUGGAUGACUUUUUAAUCUUUGCUGCUUUGUGGUUUGCCUACGGCACUGGUAUAUGCGCGAUCAUCAGUAUCAAAUACAAAAACGGAUGGCACCAACAAGCUCUCACCGAUUCCGAAUUCACCUCGCUCUGGAAGCUCCUUUUCGCACAUGUCUUCAUCUACUGCACCACGGUCACCUUGACUAAAUCCUCAAUCAUCAUGUUCUACCGUCGCAUUUUUAACCUGCGUUGGUCCUUAUAUUACGCCAUGGCCGUCAUUAUAGGCUACUUCGUCGGUGUUAUUGUCACCAUUGCAGUCGCGUGUCGCCCUACAUCAUUCUUCUGGGAGCAAUACACGGAUUCCACGGCCGAAGGAACAUGUAUAGACGUCCCUCAAUUCUUCUUGAUCAAUGGCAUUGUUUCUGUCGUGAUUGAUGUCAUGAUCCUGUGUGUCCCAGCUCCUAUUAUCUGGAGAUUACAAAUGCCCAAGUCCCAGCGUGUUGCGGUUACUAGUAUCUUACUGCUCGGUGGUUUCGUCUGCAUCGCCGGUAUCGUCCGCGUUAUUUUCUUGCAUAAACACACACAAUCCGACGAUCCAUCCUGGACAAUCGCCCCUGUCUUCAUGUGGUCCUGCGUUGAACCUUUCAUCGGAAUUAUCUGCGCUUGUCUACCGACCUUUUCGCCCUUAUUUCGUCGCUGGUGGGCUAUUAUGGGUAUCAAGAAGUCUGGGACCAAGAAACAGGAAGAUUAUGGUUCAGGAGGUACUCGGACCCGUCGUUCGAGAAACCACGCCUCGGAAGAUGAGGAGGGUCCUGACGGUGAUGAGGUUCAAUUGACCAGCUUCCCGGGUUGGCCAUUGAACUUCUUGCGUGGAAAGGCUAGCAGAGAUGAUGUGGGAUCUUCCAACGCGAAAAUUCGGAUUAAAGAAGAGAUCAACGAUGCUGCGUCAGUCGAUCACUCGUCGAACUGA